UCUCGCUUGUUCGCUUCAGCUGCACGUUUGUUGACCAAACAACCAACCACCGAGCCAGACGGAGGGGACAAAGGUGACGCACGGAGCCGCAGCGGAGGCGCUCAGGAGCGCACGGAGGAGCCUGGGCUCCAGGAGAAGAGCAGAAAGUUUUUUAAAGGACUUUGCUUGAGGAGUAACUCAUGAAACAAAGAGAAAAUUUACUGCUGUAGCUCCACACUGACUGACUGACUGACCGACUGAUUGUCCUCCAUCCUGCAGACGCUCAGGAGGAAGAUCAUGGACUGAAGCUGUCGGAUCUGCUUCCUUUUUUUUUUUGGUUUUGCUUGGAAUCACACCAACAACACAUGAGUGGGAUUGACCGGACGCGCGGGUUCCAUACAGCAGAUCCUCGGGGAUUAAAGUAACGAGGGCAAUGGAUAAUUUCUUCACGGAGGGUGACCGGGUGUGGUUACGGGAGGAUGAGCAGUACCUUCCCAGCACUGUGUCCUCAUGCUCUGGAGGUGUUGUUGUCUUUGCCACAGACUACGGCCAGGUGUACACCUACAAGCAGAAUGCACUCACCCGACAGAAGGUGCAGCCCAUGCACCACAGCAGCAUCAGAGGGGUGGAGGACAUGGCGACCCUCGAGGACCUUCACGAUGGCGCCAUCAUGCACAACCUCUUCCUGCGCUACCAGCAGAGAAACAUCUAUACGUACAUCGGCUCCAUCCUGGCGGCGGUGAACCCGUACCAGCCGCUCCCCAGCCUGUACGACCGGCCGGCCGUGGAGAUGUACAGCAGACACCACCUCGGCGAAAUCUCCCCGCACAUCUUCGCCGUCGCUAACGAGUGUUACCGCUCGCUGUGGAAGAGGCUGCAGAACCAGUGUGUCCUGAUCAGUGGAGAGAGUGGCGCUGGGAAAACAGAAAGCACCAAGUUGAUCCUGAAGUUCCUGUCGUGCAUGAGCCAGCACUCCCUGGAGGUCUCGUCCAGAGACAGGACGUCUCACGUGGAGGAGGCGCUGCUGGAGAGCAGUCCAAUCAUGGAGGCGUUUGGAAACGCCAAGACAGUCUACAACAACAACUCCAGCCGCUUCGGGAAGUUUGUCCAGCUGCAUUUCAGCCAGAAGGGCAACAUCCAGGGAGGCAGAAUCAUUGACUACCUCUUAGAAAAGAACCGAGUGGUCCGGCAGAACCCAGGGGAGAGAAACUACCACAUCUUCUACGCCCUGUUAGCAGGAACCAACAGCCAGCAGAGAGAGGCGUUCGGGUUGACCCACCCUGACAGCUACCAUUACCUGAGACAGUCCGGCUACCUCGCGGACAAGACAAUCAAUGACAACGGCACUUUCCAGGAUGUUCUGAAUUCCAUGCGAACGAUGCAGUUCACAGAGGAGAACAUCGGGGAGAUCCUGCGCCUCCUGGCCGGGAUCCUCCACGCCGGGAACAUCGAGUUCAUGACGGCCGGAGGAGCCCAGGUCUCCUCCAAAUCAGCAGCUCUCAGCCGGACGUCCGACCUCCUGGGGCUGAACUCAGAUCAGUUGGCCGAGGUCCUGACCCAUCGGUCUAUGAUCCUCAGGGGCGAGGAGAUCUGCACACCGCUCACUGUGGAACAGGCCGUGGACUCCAGAGACUCCAUGGCCAUGGCACUUUAUUCCCAGUGUUUCAACUGGAUCAUCCGCAAGCUCAACAACCGCAUCAGGGGCAGAGAAGACUUCAAGUCCAUCAGCAUCCUGGACAUCUUUGGAUUUGAGAACUUCGAGGUCAAUCGCUUCGAGCAGUUCAACAUUAACUAUGCAAACGAGAAGCUUCAGGAAUAUUUUAACAAGCACAUUUUCUCCUUGGAGCAACUUGAAUACAACAAAGAGGGCCUGGUCUGGGUUGACAUCAACUGGAUCGACAACGGAGAGUGUCUGGAUCUGAUCGAGAAGAAACUGGGGCUCCUGGCACUGAUGAAUGAGGAGAGUCACUUCCCCAAAGCCACAGAUGACACCUUACUGGAGAAACUCCACAGCCAGCACUCAAAAAACCCUUUCUAUGUGAAGCCACGUGUUGCUGUGCAUUACUUUGGAGUCAGGCACUAUGCAGGAGAGGUGGUGUACGAUGUGAGAGGCAUGCUGGAGAAGAACAGAGACACUUUCAGAGACGACAUCCUCAACCUGCUGAGGGAGAGCAGGCUGGACUUUGUCUACGAUCUGUUUGAACACGUAUUGAGCCGAAACAAACAGGACACUCUGAAGAGCAGCUCCAAGCACCGCCGGCCCACCGUCAGCUCGCAGUUCAAGGAUUCUUUGCACUCCCUGAUGGCCACGCUCAGCACUUCCAACCCGUAUUUCAUUCGAUGCAUCAAACCAAAUACACACAAGAUGCCUGACCAGUUCGACCAGACGUUGGUUCUGAACCAGCUCAGAUAUUCUGGCAUGUUGGAGACGGUCAAGAUUCGGCGCACCGGCUUCCCCAUCAGGAGACCUUUCCAAGACUUCUGCUCCAGGUACAAGGUGUUGAUGCGGGGCGUGAUGCUGCCAGAUGACCCCAGAGGGAGCUGCAUCCAGCUGCUGCACCUCUAUGACAGCAGCAGUGCUGAGUGGCAGCUGGGCAAGACCAAGGUCUUCCUGCGGGAGUCUCUGGAGCAUCGCCUGGAGAAGCAGAGGGAGAUGGAGGUGCUGAAGGCAGCCAUGAUCAUCCAGGCGCACGUCAUGGGCUACAUGGCCAGGAAGCAGUACAGGAAGCUGCUGCAGUGCAUUGUGGUCAUUCAGAAGAACUACCGGGCUUUCUACUGGAGGAGGAAGUUCCUGCUCCUCCGCUGGGCAGCGCUCACCUUCCAGAAGCGUGUGCGAGGCCAGCUGGCACGCCGGGCCUACAGCCAGCUGCUGGAGGAGAGGAGGAGGAGGGAGGAGGAGCGCCGCAGGAGGCUGGAGGAGGAGAUGGAGAGGGAGAGACAGAAGCUGGAGGCUGAGAGACUCACCAGAGAGGCUGAGGAGGCCAGAAGGCUGGAAGAGCUUCAUCGCUCUGAGGAGUUAGCCUCUCUGGCUCUGACUCAGCCUCAGCCUGCAGUCGCAGCUGCAGCAUCACCGGACGCGUCGGAGGAGUCAGCGGAGGCUCCAGAGGAGGCGUCUGAAGAGGAGGAGGUCCGUCCUCACGAGGCGUCUCAGGUAGAGGAGAUCCUGCGACUGGAGCGGGAGAUCCAGUCGCUGCAGAGGCAGAAGGAGCGUCAGGAGCUCUCUCUGACCGAGGCCUCCCUCAACCGCCUGCAGCUCCUCCGGGACCAGGAGCUCAGGCGUCUGGAGGACGAAGCCUGCAAGGCGGCACAGCAGUUCCUCGACUCGCUGAACUUCGACGAGAUCGACGAGUGCGUGAGGAACAUUGAGAGCUCCUUGGGAGUCGGCGAAGGAGAUGAGAAGGAGAAAGAGGUUGGACGGAGGAGAGGCAACGAAGAGGAAGAGGUCGAUGAAGGGUUUGGGGCUGAUGAUGAAGCCUUCAAAGACUCGCCGAACCCGAGCGAGCACGGACACUCAGACGGCCAGCGGACAAGCGGGAUCCGAACAAGCGACGACUCGUCUGAAGAAGAUCCGUACGCCAACGACGGCGUGGUCCCACCCCUGCCGCCAACCACCCUGCUUCACCAGCCGCUGCCUUUACCCCCUGUGCCCCCCGUCUGCCACAGCAUCUCCUCCAGCGGGGACUCGGCCUACCGCCUGGCUUCAUCCGAGGCUCAGUCUGAUGACCUGGUGGAGCUCAUACCGCCGGACGAGGAUUCGGACUACGACCAGGACGACUACGACGAGGGCGCCAUCGUGUCCAGCGGCAGUGUGGCCUUCUCCAACCCUCGCAGCGGCCAGUGGUCACCUGACUACCGCGGCUCUGUGGGCACCUACAACAGCUCAGGGGCUUACCGCUUCAGCUCGGAGGGGGCUCAGUCAUCGUUUGAGGACAGCGAGGACGACUUCGACAGGUUCGACACCGAUGACGAGCUGUCGUAUCGGCGGGACUCCGUCUACAGCUGCGUCACGCUCCCAUACUUCCACAGCUUCCUCUACAUCAAAGGCGGUCUGAUGAACACAUGGAAGCGGCGCUGGUGUGUCCUCAAGGACGAGACCUUCCUGUGGUUUCGGGCCAAGCAGGAGGCUCUGAAGCAGGGCUGGCUGCACAAGAAGGGAGGGGGCUCGUCUACGCUGUCCCGCCGCAACUGGAAGCGCCGCUGGUUCGUGCUGCGGCAGAGCAAGCUCAUGUACUUUGAGAAUGACGGCGAGGAGAAGAUGAAGGGGGUGCUGGACAUGCAUAAUGCCAAAGAAAUCAUUGAUAACACCGGGAAGGAGAAUGGAAUCGACAUUGUGAUGCCAGAGAGGACCUACCAUCUGAUCGCCGAGUCUGCCGAGGACGCCAGCCAGUGGUUCAGCGUGCUGAGUCAGGUCCACGGCUCUACAGAGCAGGAGAUCAGAGAGAUGCACGACGAGCAGGCCAACCCCCAGAACGCUGUGGGAACGUUGGAUGUUGGAAUGAUCGAUUCAGUUUGCGCGUCAGAUAACCCGGAGAGGCCCAACUCCUUCGUCAUGAUCACGGCGAACCGCGUGCUGCAGUGCAACGCCGACACGCCCGAGGAGAUGCACCACUGGAUCACUCUGCUGCAGCGCUCCAAAGGAGACACCCGCGUCGAUGGACAGGAGUUCAUCAUCCGAGGCUGGUUGCACAAAGAGAUGAAGAACAGUACCAAGGCCUCGCUGAAGCUGAAGAAGCGCUGGUUCCUGCUUACCCACAAUUCCCUGGACUACUACAAGAGCUCAGAGCGUAACGCCCUGAAGCUGGGAACGCUGGUGCUGAACAGCCUCUGCUCCGUGAUUCAGCCGGACGAAAAGGUCUUCAAAGAGACGGGCUACUGGAACGUGAUCGUGUACGGCCGCAAACACUCGUACCGGCUCUACUGUAAGCUGCUGAACGAGGCCACGCGUUGGGCCAACUCCAUCCAGAACGUCAUCGACACCAAAGCUCCCAUCGACACGCCGACCCAGCAGCUCGUCCAGGACAUCAAGGAGAACUGUCUGAACUCGGAGGUGGUGGAGCAGAUCUACAAGAGGAACCCCAUCCUUCGCUACAGCCACCACCCGCUGCACUCACCGCUGCUGCCGCUGCCCUACGGAGACAUCCACCUCUCAGUUCAGAGAAACAGAAGCUACACGACGCUGCAGGACGAAGCCCUCAGAGUGUUCAGCUCUCUGCAGCACCUGGAGGGCGUGGCCGACCCGGUGCCCGUCAUCCAGGGCGUCCUGCAGACCGGCCAGGAGCUCAAACCUCUGCGGGACGAGCUCUUCUGCCAGCUGAUCAAGCAGACGACGCGGCCGCCGCAGCCCGGCGGCCCCGGGAACCUCUGCAGCUGGAAGAUCCUGGCCUGCAUGUCCUGCACCUUCGUCCCGACCAGAAGCAUCCUCAGAUACCUCAAGUUCCACCUGAAGAGGACUCGAGAGCUCUUCCCCGGCUCGGAGAUGGACCGUUACGCCGCCUUCGCCCUCGACUCCUUGAGGAAGACUCGAGCCAGAGAGAACGUCCCGUCGCAGGAGGAGAUCCGCUCCAUCGUGGCCCGGCAGGACAUGAGCACCACCGUUCACUGCCACGGAGGAGGAUCCUGCAAGAUCACCAUCAACUCACACACGACAGCCGGAGAGGUGGUGGAGAAGCUGAUCCGCGGUCUGGCCAUGGAGGACAGCAGGAACAUGUUUGCUCUGUUUGAACACAACGACACCACAGAGAAAGCCAUCGAGAGCCGCACAGUGGUGGCCGACGUCCUCGCCAAGUUCGAGAAGCUUUCGGCCAGCGCAGACGAACAGAACACCGGCUGGAAGUUCUACUUCAAGCUCUACUGCUUCUUGGACACCGACAAUGUUCCCAAAGACAGCGUGGAGUUCGCCUUCAUGUUCGAACAGGCCCACGAAGCCGUCAUUCGCGGUCAGUAUCCGGCCCCCGAGGAGACUCUUCAGUUCCUGGCUGCCCUGAGACUUCAGUACCUCCUGGGUGAUCACAGCUCCCAGGUCAGCCUCCCCGAAAUGUCCCAGGUGUUCCCCAUGGCGCGACUGCGGGCCCGGGUGCAGAACUCGGCCAAGACGUUCGCUCCGGGCGCCGGCUCGGCGGCGGACCGCUCGGGGACGUCGGAGAGGAAACGCUCGAGCUUCCUGGAGGGAACGCUGAGGCGGAGCUUCAGGAGCGGCUCGCUGAGUCGGCAGAAGCUGGAGGAGGAGAACAGCCUGGAGGCGUGGAUGAGGGAGGAGGCGGCGGCGGCGAGAACCAGUGUGAUGGACAAGUGGAAGAAACUGCAGGGGAUGAACCAGGAGCAGGCCAUGGUCAAAUACAUGACUCUGGUGAAGGAGUGGCAGGGAUACGGAUCCACGCUGUUCAACGUGGAGUGUCGUGACGGAGCGUUCCCCGCUGAGCUGUGGUUGGGCGUGAGCCGGGAGGCCAUAUCGGUGUACAAACGAGGGGAGCUGUGGCCUCUGGAGGUUUUCCCGUACGAACAGAUCCUCUCCUUCGGAGCGCCGCUGCCCAACGCCUACAAGAUCGCCGUGGAGGGCCGGGAGCUGGUGUUUGAGACUCAGAUGGUCAUGGACAUCGCCAAACUCAUGAAGGCCUACAUCAGCAUGAUCGUCAAGAAGCGCUACAGCAACUGUCAGUCCGUCAGCAGCCACGGCAGCCAGUGCAGCGCCUGGUGAACUCCGCCCUUUAACCUCCGGACUCACGGCCACUUGCUGGAGUGCUGCAGGAGCGUCGAGCGCGGGCGCCGAGUGGCCGCCGUCCUCUCACACGUCAGGCUGACUCUGAAUGCUGGAGACCAACCACAAUGCUCUUAAUGCUAACUCGCUCACUGGUUUCAUUCCAAAACAUUAAACAUCCACACCUGAUUGGUCAGAACUUUAAAACAAGCGCAGUGAUUUAAAGCGGGAAGGGAACGAUGACCACCAAACUCUAUUCACCAAAACGGGGAAUUUCCCAGCUGUGGUCAGUAGGGAAUAGAUUUGUGAAUAAGCACGUUUGGUCCAGAACCAUGGACGCUGUGGGCGGUGCAGCGGGUGCAGCGGAUAAAUCUCCAGCCUGCACUUGGAAGUCGACAAAGCCCGAAAUGAUUGAGCAACAGAGUUCAAAAUACAUUUCCUGGAAAGUGAUUGGCUCGUCAGCAGCACAGAAUAACAAGCCUUCAGCCAGUUAGCGUGAUCUCAGAUUACAUUUCAGAUUACAGUAGACGAGCAGGUAGAUGCCACCGAGACUUGCUUGAAGCAUCGCUGCUAGCGUCACUAAGACUGACAGACGUCACGACAGCACAUUCUGGCCACGUUCAAAUGAAAAGAAUCAUUUAAAAAGUCUGGGUGUCAGUAUCAGUACAAGCGAUUCUGGACCUGGCAUCGGCCGCUGCUGGUGUCCAUCUAGACGUGUUGAACGCCACUGUGAUGGAAUUGCAGAGGUCUGUGCCGGCGUACAGGACGGCCUGUAGACCAGCGCAGAGGCCGUGCAGAGGCUGUGAACUAAGAAACAGCCUGAAAACACGACUUUAUCAUGAUGAUAAGACACCUGAGCAGGUUUGGAUGAUCAGAAAGUCGAGGGAUGAGGCUCAUAAUCGAUCACCAGAGGAGUGCAGGAAGGUCAACGCGCCGAGCUUCAGAUUUCUGUCGUUAAAAACUCUCUAACAGUUGUAGGUGCAGCGUAAACUCACAAAGCCUGGAGGUUAUCGAAGGGAACAUUUGACUAAAUGGACCUCAAUACAUUACCACACAUAUUAUCCGGAUUAAUUCAUUUGAGGGACUCGAGAACCUUGAAUCAAAGGUUUUUACGUCCGUGAUGAAGCACAGAAUCAGUAAAAAAAUCUGCUGUCCCCUAAAAAACAUUCCAGCAUUAAAAUACAUGUGCAGCAAAGUGAAGCUGCUCACGGCGCCGACGGCGGGCUGUUAAUCCAGGAACAAUUAAUCAGAGCUUUUCAUCCUGACACCGUCUGGGCCCCAAAAAUAAAAACUAACUUCUCUCCUGUUUCUCAGGCCAAAGAAAACAUGUGCAGGUUUCCUCGUCGGCUCACUCUGAACGUGUGGAUGCGUCUUGUUUCGGAGUGACAGUUCGCGGCCGGCUGUCGCAGGAUGGAGCUCUUUGUUACUGAGGCUUGUGUUUGUUCGUGUGUGUGUGUGUGUGUGUGUGUGUGUGUCAAAGCCUACAAGCAAACCUUUUUCUUUGCUUCGAAAAAACUCUGGGACACAAACUCUCUCCAGGACUGAACUGUAAAUAAUAUGCAGCUGUGCUCGUCUCAAGCAUUUCAAGUUUGCAUCACAAGUGCCUGUUCAAACUAAAGCAGGAUGAACUCAAGCCUUUGUCGUACCGACGCCACUCGUGUUCCUGUGCAACCAGAAUCUGGACGGUGCUCCCAUGUUCCCUUUAACUUCCGACGUACCGACACCGCAGCGGCCGUCCGGCCGUGCGAGUCCUUCAUUUCUGAAUACGUCCGAACACACACGCCCUCAGUUUUCUGUGUGAGCCUCCACAGCUGCAGCUCUUCAGCUCAUCACAGUGCUCCGCUAAUUUAGUGAUUUCUCUAUUAACAUGAUUAAUUGCAUCAAUUUGCCGGAUUAGCCAAACUCUGACAUUCCUGGUUAUUUUGUCCGUUAACUGAACUUUCACUCAGCCAGUAAAACUGAAACUGUUAUUUCUGAAUUGCAACACCACAAACAUCCUUUUUAACCCACAUCACCUUCUUCUGGGACGUAUACUUCAGUAUUUUGGACUUAUGUGUAAUGUUUGGAGAGUUUUGCUUAAAAAACCUGCACACUAAGAGAUAAGUUUGAUCACAGAUGGUCCUUUUCCAGUCCAGCAUUAUUUUCCUUACAAAUGUCCAAAAUAAGACCGAACCCUUAGGAUGUAUCAGCUAUUGUUUGCUAUAGAAGACCUUUAGUUAGCUAACCCAGACCACAGAGACUGGACCAUCAGGGGCGAGCAGAGCACUGUGGUGCCAUCGGGCAGGUUUGGCUUUGAAAGACUCGCUCGGCUGGACGCUUUCGGCUGUUCUGACAUUCCUACAUUUCACUGGAGCUCCGCGGGCGGCAGAUCCAUCCAAAGACGCAGUGCAGGUUUCUUCCUUAGUGCCUUGUUGUAUAUUGUGUACACUUAUUUUGUUUUCCGUGUGGUUUCCUUUUUUUUUUUUUUUUUUGGUAUAAUGUGCAAUGUUAUAUAUAUAUUAUAUAUUAUAUAAUCAUGUGGCUGUACAUUUUAUACUGUAAGUCUUUGCCUUCUAUUUUUCUCCUGAAUGACAGUUUCAAGCUAAAAAUCUUGCUGUAUUUUUCUCUACACAACCAUCAAACUGACCGUGGAUCUUUGACAAUACCGGUAUCUUGUUUUUUAUCUAUUAGCUGUGUUAUGUAUUGAAAGGAUGAUUCUAACAAUAAAUGGUUGCAUAUUUGGUCUGAA